AUGAGGUUCUUACCUAGACUCCUGCAUGCUGGAGCUGCAGCCGCCAUACUCAUCGUCCUGUACUUCGUGUGGCUACAGCACGAUCACCUUGGGCACAACAUACAUGAAGCAUGGGAAGGCACAGCGCACAGGAUCGUUGUCUUUGGCGACGACUGGUCUGACACAGGGAAAUAUCGAGUUUCUCCACCAUCAAAAGCUCAGGCGGUUAUCCGAGAUUCCGAUCGUGGCGACGUAUGGACAGAGACGUUGUGUAAAGAACUGGCCUGCGACUUUAUCGACAACUUUGCUCGGUCCAUGGCGCCACACACUGACGCUGCGACCGUAGGGUCGCUCAUUGAUUCAGACAUCCGCGCCCAGGCCGUCCCAGUCACAGACAACAACAAUAACUACACCCAGGCCAUGUUUGACUUCAAGACACAGGUGCAGCAGUUCCUGGAAUAUGAGAAGAUGAAGCACCGUGUUGGCGUCCCGGAACGGCUGCGAAAGGUUGACGAGUGGACCAUCUUUACCGUCUCGUUCGGACUUUGGGACUUGCUGGAGUAUUCUGCCUUGGAGAAAGAGUAUGCGCUCAAGGCGAUCGACAACAGCAUCGAAGGACUAUUUGAGAACCUUGACUUGCUGGCAAAACAUGUUGCGGCGCCGAUGAAGAUCGUGGCUCCCAAGUUGAUCGAUGUUACUUUCCUGCCACGCUUCCAGUCAAGACGAAACAUGGACAAAGAACACUUCGCAGAAGACCAGCACCACCUGGUGUUCCUGUGGACCUAUUGGAACACGGCCCUGUCUCGAACAGCAUCGCAGUGGAACCACGGGGAGAUCUUUAUGCCAAACCCUAACAAUCUGAUCACGGACCAGGUCCGAGCUAAGCAGCUAUACUCAAAGAACUUGUCUGAUGCAUCCGGCAUGGGCAAGCAGGCGCCUCUUUUCGAUUACGUAGAGGAGCCAUGCGUAAGGUCCACGGCGGACGUCAGCGCAGAGACACUGCAAGCAGUCGGGGUCGAGAAGUGUUUCGAUGCAUCCAAGCACCUGUUUUGGGAUGAUGUACAUCUCAGCGGCCCCGCUCAUCAGCUAAUCGGAAAGGCAGCCGCAAGCCUGCUUCGCGGCAACCACAUUGUCAACGUCGGAGCUGUAGCGCAAGGCUCUAACAAUGGCGAAAAGGCUUCAGGGAAGGAAACACCAAGUUUUAAGCUGAAUGUGCCCAGGAGAUACGUCAAGUCAAACAUGCAAGUGGGCGAUGAUAGCUCGCACUCUCUGACAGAAGACGCCAACUCUGGACGCAGUUUGAGAAAGAGUACUCGUAUUCAGAUACCGAGAUCGGCGCCGAAUAUAAGCGACGUCCAACAUACCAAAGAGGAAGAGCAGCCGACGUCUACAUCGCCACGCGUUGCCAGAAAAAGGACUCCAUCUCUCGAUUCUGACGGCAAUACGGAGGGAUCUGUCAAGAGCGAGGGCACGACGGAUGUAAAGACUCCGGCAAGCGCAGGUUCUGCGGGGUCUGGGGAUCGUUCACCACAUGUCUGUCUCUGCCAGCCCGAACCGAAGAUUCCCCGUCCAAGGAAUGCGUUCAUUCUUUAUCGACAGCACCAUCAGCAAACUAUCAUCCGCCGCAAUCCAGGACUCAACAAUCCCGACAUCUCCAAGAUUAUUGGCGAGAAGUGGAAAGCCGAAAGUGACGAGGAGAAGAAAAUCUGGCAGGACCUUGCUCAGGAGGAGAAGGCUAGACACCACGAACAGUAUCCUGACUAUCGAUAUCAGCCCCGCCGAGUCAACAAGCCAGGAUCAUCGUCAUUGAACCCCGGUGGCCAGCACACGACUGUUGAUAAGUAUCGCUGCCCAAGGUGUGGUGGUCGCAGUAUCAAAACACCUACCAGCCCCUACCCUACGGAAGAUCAAGGCACACCCACCUUGCCACCGCCAAAUACUUCCGAAGGUCUUACCUCGACCACACGCUACCUGCCCAUGAUGGGUAGUCUCUCGCUUGAGUCGCCAGUCGUUGCGCGACGUGGCCCUGGCCCGUCGAGGCUUAGCAACAUCCAAGUACCACCCUCUAUCCGUGAGCAGGAGAUGUACAGCCCCCUCACACCAGGACAGAAGCGACGCCGAUAUGACCAUGUACCUCCUCCAUCUGCUCGGAGGCCCGAGGGACCGUACUAUCCCCAGAGCGCGGCCCGUCGCGAGUCACUGCCACCCAUCCACGUGCAUGUAUCACCUCCCAACACUGCUGGCAUGCAUCCUCCCUCUGCUCGCACGCCCCAAGACAGACGGCUGCCGAUCCAUGAACUGCCUAACCGCAACGGGUCAUCUGCUUCUGACAUGAACAUUGUGGUUCCUCAACAUCACGAUCAGAGCAGAAGCGUUGAAGCAAUGGUGCUCAGCGUUCCGUAUCAAGCGCGGAUCAAGCUACUUGGUCGCAUCUGUGCUCCCUUGAAGGAGCCCGGACCAACAAGUCCCGCAAUGCAGACCCGAGGGGCGAUCAUCGCCGUCGAAGGUGACGAUAUGCAAGCGGUGCAAGAUCUUGCUCAGUGGCUCAACGAGUGUCUUUCCAAGGACGAAGAGUACCAUUCGCGCAUCGUCGAGCCACCGAAAACACCCAGCGACUCGAAGAAAGAAGUAACGUUCGAAGAGUACCUCGAGCUCAUCAGCGUCUGGCACGGCAAAUCCAAGGAAAUGACGCGCUACAUCACCACGCCGAUGACUGGGGUGGACGCUGGAGGUUGGAGAGACGAGGGUAUGGAGAGAGGCGACGACAAAGACUCGGCGACGCCUCCGGACUCGCCACGCAACUCGACGACGGCGCCAACGAAGAAGCCAAUCAUCAUCCUGCCGACGUUCCAGCUGCACGCGUCGGUGGCGUACGCGUCGCGGAUCCCGAUCCAGGACGCGUACUCGCCGACGGAUCACUGGCAGUGGAUGGCAACGCUGUGGCGGGGGAUCGUGGGCCCGGAUCUCACGCUGUACGUCGAGAGCUACGAUGUCAAGGAGUCGCCGGCGGGCAAGAUGGUGGAGCUGGACGAGCAGGUGCGGUGUCUGACGGUGCUGAAGGCGCAGGGGGCGAGGUUCGCGGAUGCGAGUCUGCGGCGCGUGGGGUUUGAGGUUUCGGAGUGGGUGCGGGGGUUGGGGAGGAGGGAUGCGUAG